AUGUAUCCUUCAUCUCGUGUUAUUUAUGCUGUAACCCAUGGUUCUUCCAGAAACGCCUGGAUUUUGAUUCCCAGGGCGCCACAGAGUCAAAGACCCAGUGCAAACUGGCGUUUACGAAAUGGAACCGCCUUCGAUAGCCUAUCAAUCACUGCCCCACUUACAGGAAAGAGGCAGUACAAAGUAUUCAAAACCAACAUCUACAUCAUCAUCCCAUCUUCUUCCAAUACCCAGAAGAAAUUAAUUGUGGCGAGAAAAUCAUAA